AUGAAAUAUCAUCGUGAAAUGUUUUAAAAUACCAAGGUCAAGAAGUUUAGGGCUAGAUUAGUCGACAGAUCUGAGGUUGCAUACUGUGUUAGGGAGCUUCAACAGUACAAAAAAAUCAAGCAUGCCUCCUUAUCAAGUUGAAACAGUGCUGAAAAACAUAGCCACUACAGUUGGGGAAGGUCCUCAUUAUGACGAAGCUACUAAGAUGUUACUGCACGUUGACUUACAAGCUGGUAACAUUCACAGAUACAACACUUUGACCAAAAUAGAUGAGAUGCGGCACUAUGAUGCACCUACAACACUUAUCGUCCCAAGGCAGAGUGGAGGUUAUGUAAUUGCCGAUGGUUUGAACUUAUCUCAUUUAAACUGGGAGACCGGACAGCUGACACCCCUCGCCAGUGUUGACCAAGGUACAAGGAAUCGAUUCAAUGAUGGAAAAUGUGAUGCUUCUGGCAGGCUUUGGGCGGGAACAAUGGGGUAUAUGGAGAAACCAGUCUUUCCAGAAAUGGAAACAGCCUCUUUGUAUACGCUGGAAAAGGAUUUGAAGGUUCGACGCCACUUGGACAAAAUAACCAUCUCCAAUGGUAUAACAUGGACACAUAAUAAUACCAAAAUGUUUUAUACUGAUACCAUAACACGAGAGGUCUGGGCGUUUGAUUUUGAUCUGGAAUCUGGAAAUCUAAGUAACAAAAAAGUGUUGGUCAAAUGUCCAGAAUCUUUGGGUUAUCCGGAUGGUAUGACCGCGGAUAUUCAUGAAAAUAUCUGGUUAGCUUAUUAUGAUGGUAGUUGUGUUGUACGUUAUGAUACGACCACAGGUAAAGAAAUAUCGAAGAUCAAGCUACCAACAAGUCAAAUAGCAUCUUGUGGUUGGGGUGGCGAUAACUAUGACGAACUCUACGUCACUACCGGUCAUGUAAAUGUAACAGACGAUCUAGCAGGCUCGUUGUUUAAGGUCACAGGCCUGGAAAGCAAGGGCCGCAAACCACAUGUAUUCUUAGGUUAAAAAUUUGCGCGAUGUUCGCUUUUGUGAUAAUAUUUAUUGUUUGGCUUAAUAAAGUUAAUAUACAUCACGGAAUGUAAAAUCAAACCAGUUACUGAAAACUCGGAUCUUGCUUUAUUUAGCUUUAGCUGAGUUUAAACCACUUCCCCCUUUCAAUAAAUAGGUGGACCAUGGUUCACUUUAUCC